GCUAUUGUUAUCCCGUUCUGUAAUGCAUUGAGAUAUUAUAAGUUUAUUGUGCCUUCGACACCACGACUAAAAUAGAAACCUUCGUCCCCAGAAUAGAAAUCCAUAAUAUAUCUAUGCCUCUGUUUCUUCCUCUCCCGUUUCCCUUCCUUUUCCUCUCAUUUUGGUAACCAACAACUUUCUCCUCUGUAUAUCCGCCCCCUCCUCUCCUCUUCUCUCUUCCGCUUUCCCUUUCCAUCGAGCUGCUGUAGAUUGUUCCACCGCCGGACAAUGGAUCAGGAGCAGCAAUAGAAGGCAGAGACGGCCCGAGCAGCCAUGAAGGACUCUGACGCCGCCAAGUCUCCCUCUUCCCUUCUCUGGGGCGUCUUUGGCGCCGGCGGCCAUCACCAUCGUCACAACGGUAAGGCUUCGUCCACCCAUUUCUGGUCGACCAGGGACUGCAAGCCCUACUUCCUCUUCCACCGCUUCUUCGUUUUCCUCCUCUUCCUUCUGCUCUUGUACUUCUUCUACACCUACAGCCUCCUCUCCUCCCCCUUGCCUUCCUGCGACGGUGUCGCCGUCGUCCGCCUGUCCAACUUUACCGCCGCCGUCGCGAACCGUACCGAGGUGAGAUCGUCUCCAUCGACACCGGCGCUGGCCGCCCCUCGGCCCCAGUCCACUGCGACGGAGCUGCAACACAUUGUGUUCGGCAUCGCCGCCUCCGCCAAGCUGUGGGAGAAGCGGAAGGCCUACAUCAAGGUCUGGUGGCGGCCGCGGCAGAUGCGCGGCUUUGUCUGGCUCGAUAAGUUCGUCAAGGAGAUGAAAGCUAAAGAUCCUGCCCUCCCUGUUCUCAAGAUCUCCGGAGACACUUCCCGCUUCCCUUACACGCAUCGGAAGGGCGAUCGCUCCGCCCUCCGCAUCUCCCGCAUCGUCUCCGAGACGUUCCGCCUCGGCCUCCCCAAUGUGCGCUGGUUCGUCAUGGGGGACGAUGAUACUGUGUUCCUUCCCGAUAAUCUCGCCCGCGUCCUCUCUCGAUUCGACCACCGCCAGCCCUAUUACAUCGGCUCCCUUUCCGAGUCCCAUCUCCAGAACAUUUUCUUCUCCUACAGCAUGGCUUACGGGGGCGGUGGAUUCGCCAUCAGCGCUCCCCUCGCCGCCUCCCUCGCCAGAGUCCAGGACCGCUGCCUCCGUCGCUACCCAGCUCUCUACGGCAGCGACGACCGGAUCCAAGCCUGCAUGGCGGAGCUCGGCGUCCCCCUAACCCGACAUCCCGGCUUCCACCAGUACGAUGUCUACGGCGACCUCCUCGGCCUCCUCACCGCCCACCCCGUCGCUCCGCUCGUCUCCCUCCACCACCUCGACGUCGUGCAGCCUCUCUUCCCGGGCGAAACCCAGGCCGCCGCGCUCCGACGCAUCUUCGCCGGCCCCGUCCGCCUCGACUCCGCCGGGGUGAUCCAGCAGUCCAUCUGCUAUGUGACCGCGCGGCUCUGGUCGGUGUCCGUCUCCUGGGGCUUCGCCGUCACGGUGGUCCGCGGGGUGAUGUCGCCGCGCGAGAUGGAGAUGCCGACGCGUACUUUCCUCAACUGGUACCGCCGAGCGGACUAUACGGCUUACGCGUUCAACACCCGGCCGGUGGCGCGCAACCCGUGCCAAAAGCCGUACGUCUACUACCUCGCCUCCGCCCGCUACGACAACGCCACCCGCACCACUGUCACGGAGUACGCGCUUCGCCGCGAGACCCGCCCGACGUGCCGGUGGCGGAUGGCCGACCCGUCGGCGCUCGUGGACCGCAUCGUCGUCUACAAGAAACCCGACCCGGGCCUCUGGGACAGAGCACCGCGAAGGAACUGCUGCAGGGUGCUGCCCGCGGCGAAGGAGAGGAAGAAGCGGAUGGCGAUGGAGGUAGGAACGUGCAGAGAAAGCGAGAUCAGCGAGCUAGGCAAGCAGUGAGGUCAUGGUGUUUGUAGUAAUGACGAGCUGAGCUACUCACUGCAACGUUUUUCCCCGCAAAAAUUCAACAUAGACUCUGACGCUGUUGUAGCCACCUUCGCGUGCUGUUUGGCACUCACGCGGAUUUGGUGGGUUGGUGUCCACGCGUCGUGAUUUGUGAGUGGCAGAGACACUGAUGGUCCUAAACCGUGUAGGUCUCUUCAGUUAAUUGUAUAUUUUAUAAAAACAAUAUAUAAUUUAUUAAAUUAAAAGAAUUAAAA